ACCACUUCGCAAGCCUCUCUCUCCCGCCCUUCUGUGUCCUCGAUGGGGGUCUUGCAAUGGACCUGCCGCUGCGGGCUCAACCCUUCCCCCAGCAAGAACAGGGGUGCGCCCGGUCGUCCUCCUCCUCCUACUCCCCGAGGCAGGAGGUCCAAGUACACGGGACAAUCUGUGAGAACGAUGCCUAUGCGUGUGAUAACAGUCGGCAAGAAGAGAUCUCAAGGGACGCAACUUCUUGUUGAAGAAUACAAGGAGAAGCUUGGUCACUAUUGCGCUGUUGAAGACACCCUCAUCAAAUCCAACCCAAAACUUACAAGUGACGUUAAGGUGCAGAUCGAAGCGGAAGACGUGUCUAUGAUGCAGCAGCUCAAGGCUGAAGAUUUUGUUGUUGUGUUGGAUGAAAACGGGAAGCAUGUCAUGUCUGAGCAGAUAGCUGAUCUGAUUGGGGAUGCUGGCAGCACGGGAUCGUCAAGGCUCACAUUUUGUAUUGGUGGGCCAUAUGGUCUUGGGGUACAAGUACGAGAGCGGGCGGAUGCAACAAUUAGGCUAUCCUCACUGGUUUUGAAUCACCAAGUCGCUUUAAUAGUUCUAAUGGAGCAGCUCUACAGGGCAUGGACAAUAAUCAAAGGACAGAAGUAUCAUCACUAGAUUUGAGUUGUAGUAGCAUCAUCUGGUGCAUUCUGAACGCGGCUACAGGCGCUUCUGUAUGGUUUGUGGUCGUUAGGCUAGCCCAAAGGGCCCGGUAAUAUCGUACCUGGUAGAGGAACUGGCGGCGGCGCUCCUCGGAGUGAGCAAUACUACUGGUGACAACACUAGUACUGCCGGUCCUAGGCAAACUGUAGGGUCAGAUUGGAGAGGAUGAUCUCCACGGCAUUUUGGGAAUGCUUUGGAGGUGCAUUUUACGUUUGCCUAGGUGAACUUGAUUUCAACCUUACCUUCCAAAGCCGAUGCCAUCUUGAUAAUAUGGUUUUUUUGUAUAACAGACUAAAACAAAAUGAAAUAGUUAGAACACCGUCUUUGCACUUUUCACUUCAGA